AUGGAAGGAGGAAGUUUGGACUGUCAACAAGAAGAAUUUCCAUACACACCUUCGAAGGAAAAUACAUCCUUUGUGUCAAACAAAACGGUUUUGGUGGUUUUGUACUUUAUUCCUGUGGCAUUCAAAGGCGUCACUGGAAUUAUCUGGAGACUAAAAGAGUCAGUUUGUUUUACACGGACACUUUGUGGAUAGGUUUGUAAGCCAGUAAACAGUUUGUACAAUGCUUCAUUUGCAGCUCAUUACCCUUUUUGCGUUGAUGCUCAUGUGUUUGGCUGAUGAGUCUAAAUUAAAAGUAAAACCCGCGUCAAAACCUGUGAGAUUAUUCACCGAUGAAGAGUUGAGACGAUACGAUGGAAGUGAGGAUGGGCAGCCCAUUUACAUGGCCGUGAAGGGAGUCGUGUUUGACGUUACAUCCGGCAAAAAAUUUUAUGGUAAGGGUGCCCCUUACAAUGCCCUCGUGGGCAAGGACUCAACCCGAGCUGUGGCUAAAAUGUCCCUUAAUCCCGAAGAUCUGACCCAUGAUACAACGGGCCUUACUAAGGAGGAGCUGGAGUCCCUUGAGAGCGUAUUCACUGGAACAUACAAAUCAAAGUACCCCAUAGUGGGUUACACACACAGACGCAUUCUCAAUGAAGACGGCAGCCCAAAUGAAGAUUUCAAACCAGAGGAUCAACCUCAUUUCACCAUCAGAAAUGAGCUUUGAUACUUAGAUAAAUAGAAUAUUUAGGCUGAUUCGGUAAUAAUUGUUAAAGAUCUUGCAUUGAUUAAUACUAGGUCUCUUCACAUGGGAUAAGAUUACUGUCUGACAAUAUGAGAAAUGCCUCUGUAACAAGAUUAAUUUUCCAAUGAUUUAGCUGUUGUUGUUUUUUUUAAUCUCUCAUCUUUAUAUCUUGGCAACUGCUGUAUCUUCUAAAUUUGUUCAAACAUUUUUACAUUUUCUAUUCUGACUGUGGUCAUUUCAGAAUAUAAAGCUAUUGUGAUACAUUCAGUAAUACAUUCAACAUUGUCAGGCAGUUCACAGGUACACGUAAUUGGUUCAGCCAUUUGUGUUAGGUUUAAAUAGCUACUGAAAAAAUGUAUUCGAUAUGUAGGGUUUUACAGAAGGAAUCCUUUAUAGGAGGUAGGUAAUCUUACUUGUUGGUGUGUUAUGGUCAUCAUAAAUAUUUUUAAUAAAGAGAAUAUUAUAUGGAGUUCACUGGACAGAAGAAAAGCUUGAAAAGACAAUCAUAUCUUGCUUAUCUAUUCACUAACAUUUGAUUUCUUUUAAUCCUUUGAUGAGCUUUUUGCCGUAUUCAACAGUUAGAGUAAUAGAGUGAUAUUUCUCUGCUAGCACCAGUGUACUGUACGUAGGGGGGGCUGGUGGUAUUAACCUUAUGUGCUUUGGUGGUCUGUCUGCCCACACUCGAGUAAACGAAUGAUGCAUAUACUAUGUAGGUUUUUCCCUGGUGGGUGCCUUGAAGGUCAUUGAAAAUAGUUCACCCACCUGUAUGAUUAAAAAACAUGGUACAUUUAUGUCUUUUUUUAAAUGUUUACAUAUUUUGUAAUUGUAUAUUUCCUAAUUCGCUACACGGUUGUCCUUUUACUUUCACAUUAACUUGUGGUGCAUGACUGGGAAAGUUUGGUGACUCACUGCUAAAGUUGAUAUUUUGUAAUGUUACAAACUGAGCACUGCUGAUAUUCUGUUGGACAUGCUUCAGCAAAUCUUUAACUGCUUUUAGGUCUGGAACUUGUCUACUUUAUUUCUCAGUAUAACACAAAAGUCUGUGUGAAUUAUUUCUGAACUGGGGAUGUUAUUUUCACUAAUAAAUCACACUGCACUCCA